AUGAGUGGCUCCUUCAAACGCACUUCAUUUAAGGGCUCAGCAUCUGGAUCACAAAAGGGUCAAAAGGCUUGGAUAGAGAAGACCUUUUCAAAAAGAGAAUGCAUCUAUGUAAUUGCCAACAACAAAGACAUUAGCAGGUGCUGCUGUGGCCAGGUCAUUAACCAACAUAUUCCACCUCCUCCAAGUAUAACAGCUAAUAAAAAUGGAGAAGAAACAAAACAAGUGGAAGCUCAGCCAGAGAAAUGGUCCGUCAGUAAGCACACCCAAACAUACCCAACUGAUGCCUACGGAAACCUUGAAUUCCAGGGAGGAGGACAUUCAAAUAAGGCCAUGUAUAUCCGUGUGUCAUAUGACACUAAACCAGAUUCUCUGCUGCAUCUCAUGGUGAAAGAUUGGCAACUGGAACUGCCCAAACUCUUAAUCUCUGUCCAUGGAGGCCUCCAGAACUUUGAAAUGCAACCUAAAUUAAAGCAAGUAUUUGGAAAAGGUCUGAUAAAGGCUGCCAUGACCACAGGAGCUUGGAUUUUUACUGGAGGUGUUAGUACAGGUGUCAUUCGUCAUGUGGGAGAUGCCUUGAAAGAUCAUUCUUCCAAAUCCAGAGGACGAAUAUGUGCCAUAGGAAUUGCACCAUGGGGCAUUGUAGAAAACAAGGAAGAUCUGAUAGGAAAAGAUGUAACACGGGUUUACCAAACGAUGUCAAACCCUCUAAGUAAGCUCUCUGUGCUCAACAGUUCUCAUACCCACUUCAUUCUGGCAGACAACGGCACGCUAGGUAAAUAUGGAGCUGAAGUAAAGUUACGGCGUCAGUUGGAAAAACACAUUUCACUCCAGAAAAUUAACACACGUCUAGGACAAGGUGUUCCUGUAGUUGGGCUCAUAGUGGAAGGGGGUCCCAACGUGAUCUCCAUUGUCUUAGAGUGUCUACGAGAAGAACCCCCACUCCCUGUUGUGAUAUGUGAUGGUAGCGGACGAGCAUCGGAUAUUCUGUCAUUUGCACACAAGUAUUCAGAAGAAGGAGGGAUAAUAAGUGAAUCCCUUAGGGACCAGCUUCUAGUUACCAUCCAGAAAACCUUUAACUACAACAGGAAUCAAGCUCAUCAGCUGUUCAUCAUUCUUAUGGAGUGCAUGAAAAAAAAAGAACUUAUUACUGUGUUCCGCAUGGGGUCUGAAGGGCAACAGGACAUUGAGAUGUCUAUCUUAACUGCUCUCCUCAAAGGUACCAAUGCAUCUGCUCCAGACCAGCUCAGCUUGGCUUUGGCCUGGAAUCGUGUAGACAUUGCACGCAGCCAAAUCUUUGUCUUCGGACACCACUGGCCACCUUUAGGAAGCCUUACAGCUCCUGAUGGUACAGCUCCUGAGAAGGAAAAGAAAUCUCCAGCAGCUCAGACCAAAGCAGCCAGAGGGAAAGGAAAAGGGAAGAAAAAGGGAGGAAAAGGAAAAGAAGAGCCAGAAGAAGAAACAGACCCAAGAAAGCUUGAACUCCUGAACUGGGUGAAUUCCCUGGAGCAGGCUAUGAUGGAUGCGCUGGUUCUGGAUCGAGUGGACUUUGUGAAACUACUUAUUGAGAAUGGAGUGAACAUGCAGCACUUCCUCACUAUUCCUCGACUGGAAGAACUUUAUAAUACUAGAUUGGGUCCACCAAAUACUCUGCAUUUGCUAGUCAGAGAUGUGAAAAAGGGAAAUCUUCCACCAGAUUAUCAUAUCAGCCUAAUAGAUAUUGGUCUCGUACUUGAAUAUCUCAUGGGUGGAGCUUAUCGCUGCAACUAUACUCGAAAAAGUUUUCGGACUCUUUAUAAUAAUUUAUUUGGACCAAAGAGGCCAAAAGCUCUUAAACUACUAGGGAUGGAGGACGAUGAGCCUCCCACCAAAGGGAAGAAGAAGAAAAAGAAAAAGGAGGAAGAGAUCGAUAUUGAUGUGGAUGACCCAGAAGUCAGCCGCUUUCAGUAUCCCUUUCAUGAACUGAUGGUAUGGGCCGUGCUGAUGAAACGGCAAAAGAUGGCAGUCUUCCUUUGGCAGCGAGGAGAGGAAACCAUGGCCAAGGCACUUGUGGCCUGUAAACUGUACAAGUCUAUGGCCCAUGAGUCUUCUGAGAGUGAGCUGGUGGAUGACAUCUCUCAGGAUCUGGACAACAACUCAAAAGAUUUUGGCCAGCUGGCUGUUGAACUCUUGGAUCAGUCCUAUAAACAUGAUGAGCAGAUUGCCAUGAAACUACUAACCUAUGAACUGAAAAACUGGAGUAAUUCUACCUGCCUGAAAUUGGCUGUGGCAGCUAAACACAGGGACUUCAUUGCUCACACGUGCAGCCAGAUGCUCUUAACAGAUAUGUGGAUGGGGCGACUACGCAUGCGAAAAAACCCAGGCCUUAAGGUUAUAAUGGGGAUUCUCUUCCCUCCCACCAUCCUCUUCCUAGAGUUUCGGAGUUAUGAUGAUUAUUCUUACCAGACAUCAAGAGAAAACGAGGAAGGCAGAGAAAAGGAGGAGGAAAAUGUGGAUGCAAAUGUGGAUACAGGCUCCCGAAAAGGAGAUGAAGAGAAUGGAAAAAAAAACCAGAAGAGCCUUCCAAUUGGAACAAAGAUCUAUGAAUUCUAUAAUGCACCUAUUGUCAAAUUUUGGUUCUACACGAUAUCAUACCUUGGUUACUUGAUGCUAUUUAAUUAUAUUAUCUUGGUGCGGAUGGAACGGUGGCCAUCAGUCCAGGAAUGGAUUGUCAUCUCCUACAUUGUGACAUUGGCUUUAGAGAAAGUAAGAGAGAUUCUGAUGUCAGAACCUGGCAAGCUGAGCCAAAAAGUGAAAGUUUGGCUCCAGGAAUACUGGAAUAUUACUGACCUGGUGGCUAUUUCAGUAUUUAUGAUAGGAGCAAUUCUUCGCCUACAGAACCAGCCUUACAUGGGUUAUGGAAGAGUGAUUUACUGUGUAGAUAUCAUUUUCUGGUACAUUAGAGUACUAGAUAUUUUUGGUGUGAACAAAUAUCUGGGACCUUACGUCAUGAUGAUUGGAAAGAUGAUGAUUGACAUGCUCUACUUUGUGGUCAUCAUGCUUGUGGUUCUGAUGAGUUUUGGGGUAGCCCGCCAAGCUAUCCUGCACCCAGAUGAGGAGCCUUCUUGGAGACUAGCUCGCAACAUCUUCUACAUGCCCUACUGGAUGAUCUAUGGAGAGGUGUUCGCAGACCAGAUAGACCUCUAUGCCAUGGAAAUUAAUCCUCCUUGUGGGGACAAUCUUUACGAUGAUGAUGGUAAACGCCUCCCUCCAUGUAUACCAGGGGCCUGGCUCACUCCUGCUAUUAUGGCCUGUUACCUUUUGGUAGCAAAUAUCCUGUUGGUAAACCUGCUGAUUGCUGUCUUCAACAAUACCUUUUUUGAGGUAAAAUCAAUAUCCAACCAAGUCUGGAAGUUCCAGAGGUACCAGCUGAUCAUGACAUUCCAUGACAGACCUGUCCUCCCGCCACCAAUGAUUAUCUUCAGCCACAUCUACAUAAUCAUCAAGCGAAUCUGCUGCCGCUGCAAGAAGGGUGAAGGAGAUCCAGAUGAGCGUGACAGGGGGCUGAAGUUAUUUCUGAAUGAUGAAGAGCUGAAAAAACUGUAUGAGUUUGAAGAGCAGUGUGUAGAAGAAUACUUCCAGGAAAAAGAGGAUGAGGAGCAAUCAUCUAAUGAUGAACGCAUCAGAGUUACCUCUGAAAGAGUUGAAAAUAUGUCUAUGAGGCUAGAAGAAGUGAAUGAAAGAGAACAUUUUAUGAAAGCUUCACUUCAAACAGUCGACCUUCGACUCUCUCAACUGGAAGAACUAUCUGGUCGGAUGGUGAAUGCUCUUGAGAAGCUGGCAGGUAUUGACAAGUCAGAGCUGACAUGUACACGCUCACGGGCUUCGUCUGAGUGUGAUGCUGCAUAUCUCCUAAGGCAAAGCAGUGUUAACAGCUCUGAUGGCUACAGCAUGUAUAGGUACCAUGUCGGUGGUGAUGAGUUAACAUAUGAUGACAGUACAACUCCUAUGUCACCAGCCAUGGAAUUGCGUAAAAAAGCCCAUUCUAUUGGUACCAAAGAAGAUGGAGCAGACCCAAGGAUGCUGGUUCCAGAACACCACACCAUUAGCACCUCCAGCACUAAUGCAGUCACCACAGCAGAUUACAGUAAAUCUACAUUAGAAAUUGCACAGAAUGUUUCCAGACCCCAUUCUGGUUCAGGUGGCUUGGGGGAUGAAAAGCAGGGGAUUUUCAAGAGUGAUGGAAUGGUUCCUCAAAGUAUAAACCAGACGGAUGCUGUUACAAACAGACAGUCAGUACCAACAUCAGAUUUUCAGAACACUCAGUUAAAAGUAGAACGUACCAAGUUAGAAGCAACCAUCUCUUACCCCUUGGACAAAUCUAAAGCAAUGCGCUAUUUUCCUCCUGAAACAUUCAGUGCUUGUCAAACCACUAUGAUGAAGUCAAGGAGCUUUAUAUUUGCACAGGGUGGGAAGCUGGUUGAAGGAGUUAACAACUGGACCACAGAGUAUAGUACCAUCAUGGAUCAGGUGUGCCCUUCUACAAUUGAACAAUGGGCCACAGAGUGGAAGUAUGAAGUUGAGCAGCAACUUUGUCAGGAACGUCCUCCAGAAUACCCUGGGUUUAUCUCUGAAGCAGAAAGGCAAGCAGAGCAGAAACAGUUACAGACGGACACAGAUGAUGACAGUGAUGUUGGUGAAGCAGGUAUGAGUGCCUCUUACACCUCAAUGCCUGCCACUGUCAAGGCUGAGAAAGAGAAUUUACUAUCAGUAAAGCCAGAAAGGACUUCUGGGUUCCCAUCAGUACGGUCAAAGAGUUUGCACAGCCAUUCUCGGAAAACCAAGUCUGUAAAGGACAAAUUAAAUAGACCAGGACAUGCCAGCAGUGUAACUAACUUGGUGGUAGCAUUUGGCAGUGCAACAGAAGAACAGAAAGCUAGGCAAGAAAAUGCAUCCACAGAAACGGAAUGUUAA